UAAAGCAUUAUUACACAUAUUUUUGGCUAAAGAGAAUGGUAUUGAAUUGGCGUUGAUGCAUCGGAACAUGCAUGCCCUUUAAAUGGUCAAAUAGGGAACCAUUAUGAAUGGUCAAAUAGGCUUUAGGGUGGCAUGGGAAGAGAGAGGACCCUACAAAAACGUAGGUGGCAAAAGACUAUAUCCGAUCCCCACAACAUUCUCCAACUGCUUGGUUCAGGCACGGCGGCGAGGAGGGCGAUGUGCGGCGGCGGGGGCAUACCGGAGAAGGCCCAACUGCACGUGGCGAUGCUGGCGCUGCAGUUUGGGUACGCCGGAUUCCAUGUGGUGUCCCGGGCAGCGCUGAACAUGGGGAUGAGCAAGAUUGUUUUCGCCAUCUAUCGCAACGUCCUCGCCUUCCUCCUCCUCCUCCCCUUCGCCUUCUUCCUCGAAAAGAAAAAUCGGCCCCGCCUUACCUGGAGUUUCGCUGUUCAGUUCUUUCUGCUGGCAGUUGUUGGAAUAACAGCAAACCAAGGAUUCUACUUGUUGGGCUUGGAACACACUUCCCCUACUUUUGCUUCCGCCAUUCAAAAUUCUGUUCCUGCCAUUACUUUCCUCUUGGCCACCCUACUCAGGAUUGAAACGGUCAGGCUCGACAGAAAGGACGGGAUAUCAAAAGUGGCGGGAACGGUACUGUGCGUGUGCGGGGCCACAGUCAUCACCCUGUACAAGGGCCCCACCAUCUACAGCCCGACGACCUCCAUGUCUCCGGCGGCGCUGCAGGCCGCCCCGGCGGGGCUAGCCGCCGCGGACGGAGCGAACGGGAAGAGCUGGACAUUGGGGUGCAUCUUCUUGAUCGGGCAUUGCCUGUCGUGGGCUAGUUGGCUGGUCCUGCAGGCCCCGGUCCUGAAGAGGUACCCCGCCCGCCUCUCCGUCACCUCCUACCAGUGCUUCUUUGGGGUCCUUCAGUUCCUCGCCAUUGCCGCCGUCUGGGAGAGAGAUGCUCAGAGAUGGCAUGUCAACACCGGAGCUGAGCUCUUCAGCGUCUUCUACGCGGGAAUGGUGGCAUCUGGGAUAGCAUUCGCUGUACAAAUAUGGUGCAUUGACAAGGGUGGCCCCGUCUUCGUGGCCGUUUAUCAGCCAGUUCAGACCCUGGUUGUCGCCAUUGUUGCUUCCGUUGCGCUAGGAGAGGAGUUCUACUUGGGAGGGAUUAUUGGAGCAGUGAUGAUCAUAAUAGGGCUCUACUUUGUAUUGUGGGGCAAAAACGAAGAGGCAAAGUUUGCCAAGACUGCGGCGGCACUGAGGCCGUCUCCGGUGGCGGCGGAAAAUCGCGAGAAAAUAGUCAAGUCUUCUCUGGGUCAGCCAUUGCUUCAACCUGCGGAGAACGUUUAAUAUCCAUCGAUCAAGAACAUUUUAUAUCAACGAGAGAUCGUUAAUUAUUUUAUUUCGCAUUUUCGGUUUUCAUUUUCUCUUUAUUUCUUUUUUUUUGGGUAUGUAGAACUUAGCUUUUGAUCUCUCAAGAUUAGGAAAAAGAAAAGGGAAUUGUUGCAUGGCGUCAUGAAAGGAGUGGUAUUAUAUUGUAGUGUGAAAUUCCCAUUAUGAUGUUUUUUUAUAAAAAUUAUGCAAAAAGAAGAAUGGAACAUACUCCAUAAUAAAUAUAAUUCGAGAGU